AUGCUGAGUGCCAACGAAAGCGGGAGGUACAAGUCGGUCCCCCUCAGCGAUGAUUACAGCGAUGGGUGCGACAACGAGGAGGCGACCCUGAUGCAGGAGAAUCCUCCCCAGAAGAGAUCCAGAGCAACUUCUGUCAUACUUACAGCAGCCUGCGGUCUGGCUCUUGUCAUGAUGUAUUCCGCAGCUCUGGUCCGGAUGACUCUGAACUUCUCGAAGACUGGCCAUUUACAGAGCACCAGGCUCAUGAAAUCUAUCAACGAUGACUUCAUUGAGUACGAAUUUCGUGUCUUCGAUCAGUUCGAGCGCCCAGAUCAUCAUGCCACUUACUUCACCACGCCGAACGCGGAGGUGGACAGGAAUUGGCACGAAAUUUUGGGAUAUCAGAACAUCCGCGUUCCACGGGAUGCAAUGCAAGAAAUCGGUCGAGUGGACGAGGGGAUUGAGCUGCCCGGCGGUGGUUUCUUCGGUUCCAUCAUGGUGUUCCAUCACUUGCAUUGUCUCAAAAAUCUGUACCACGCACUCCACCCCGAGUAUUACAACCUUACCAAGAUGACAAGUCACGAGAAGGAGAAGUUCGACGAGCACAACGACCAUUGUCUCCAUAUGCUUCGAGAAGCAGUCAUGUGUCAAGCCGACACGACACUAUUAACGAUGAAGUGGAACUCAACUGGUCUUCGACCCAUCGGGAACUUGACCAGCCCACAUGAAUGCGUCAACUGGGAGAGGCUCAUGGAGUGGGUGGUUCCCAAGACCUUCGAUGCCCUGGCCGAUGGCGUCCUAGUGCACCCAACUUUUGGACCCGUUUUCCGUGACCGCCAACUUGUUGAAGCCUCCUAG